AUGUGUCCUCCAGCGCAGCCGCCCAAAGCUAUCCUCUUCGACAUUGGUGGUGUCGUGGUGAUAAGCCCGUUCCAAGCGAUCCUCGACUACGAGACUGAGAACAAGAUCCCAAUCGGCUACAUCAACUACGCAAUCCAGAAAGGGCCGCACGACACGGGCGCCUGGCAGCUGAUCGAGCGCGGCGAGGUGGAGCUGAACGACGCCUGGUUCGCGUCUUUCAAGGACCAGCUAUCGCGGCCAGAGGUAUGGCGCGAGUACCUCGUGCGACUCGCGCAAAAGCAGACGCUCGGUGGCGCAGGCGGGUCCGCGAUGGAGGGCGGCAAGGUGGCCCGGGUUCCAGAGAUCGACGCGAAGCGGCUCUUCUGGCGCAUGAUGAAGAUCUCGCGCGAGCCAGACCCGUACAUGUACCCUGCGCUGCGCAAGCUGAAGGCGAGCGGGCAAUUCGUGCUCGGCGCGUUCAGCAACAACGUCACCUUCCCAAGCGACAUCGUCGACGACGAGGGCGUGCUGUUCACGAAGGAGCUGCAGCAUCGCCCACACCCCAACCCGUACGCAAACGACUCGACAGACAUCACUGCGAGCUUCGACAUCUUCCUCGGCAGUGCAGCGGUGGGCGUGCGCAAGCCUGAUCCGGAGGCGUAUAAGCUGGCCACGCGGGAGAUGAGCAAGAUCAGCGAGGCGAAGGGGAGGGGGAGGAUUACAGAGGGCGACGUGCUGUUCCUCGAUGACAUUGGCAUCAACCUGAAGUUUGCGAAGAAGACCGGGCUGCGCACGAUCAAGGUCAGCCUCGGGCAGACAAAGGACGCGGUGAAAGAGUUGGAGGCAGCUACUGGGUUGACAUUGUUAGACGAGAGGUCCAAGCUGUAA